ACCCUCCAGACAUGUGAAUCUGGGUGGUUUCUUUGGCUUGCUCACCCAGUCAGUCAUUCCAGGCAUCAGCUUCUGUGGCCUGGCUCCACUCCGGUACUCACCAUCGCCAUCGUCCUUUUCCGAUCGGCAAAGCCCGGCGGUCUCGCGGCACGUGCAUUGGCUGUUUUUCACGUUCUACUUUCGUUUAUGUGAAUCAGCUUAUCUCUCGCUUACUCUGAAACGGCAGCGUUCCGAGCCUGAGGCAGCAGCUCGCUGGCUCUAAGUUAAGGAUACAAUUGAGACGAUCAGUCCACUUUGUCCUAACGGCUCAGUGACACUUGUAAGCAUUACCUAUGCGACCGCGGCCCGGUCAGGAACAUCCGCCGUCAUUCUCCCUCCUUAACGUGUCGUCGCCUAAGUUCAGUCUGGGAAGGAUGUCCCCGUCGGAGCGGAUGAAGGCGAUAUUCAGAUCCGACGCCGCGAAGCUCACCAUGUGCGUCGUAGGCGUCGUCGGCACGCUCAUGGUGUACGGAGUCAUGCAGGAGCGGAUCAUGCGGCAGCCGUACGGUGCGGAUCAGGAGAAGUUCCAGGAGUCGCUCUUCAUCGUGCUCUGCAACCGAAUCCUCACCUGCUCCCUCGCCGUCGUCGUGCUUCUCAUUCAAGGCAAGUCCAUGGCUCCCGUCGCGCCUCUCUACUCGUACGCCGCGGUUUCCGUGUCCAACGUUGUCGCCACGGGAUGCCAAUACGAGGCUCUUAAGUUCGUGAGCUUCCCCAUCCAGACUCUCGCCAAGUCAGCGAAGAUGAUCCCCGUCAUGAUCUGGGGCACGGCCAUAAUGGGCAAGAAGUACAACCUCAAGGACUACAUCGUUGCUCUGCUCGUCACGGCGGGCUGUGCCAUCUUCGUACUUUAUGGGGACAACAAGAAGCACAGGCAGGUGGAUUCCACCUUCUGGGGCGUUCUUCUCAUGGUCGGAUACUUGGCGUUUGACGGCUUCACAUCGACGUUCCAGGACAAGCUGUUCAAGGGGUACAAGAUGGACACGUGGAACCAGAUUCUCUACAUCUCCAUGUGGUCUGCGCUGCUCUCGCUGCUCGGUCUGCGCUACCGCAUUGUGUAUGCCAUCCGGUUCAUCACCAAGCACCCCGACUGCUUCUUCCACAUCUUCAUGCUCUCGGCUUCCGCCACCACGAGCCAGUUCUUCAUCUCAUACACCAUCAAGACCUUUGGCGCCCUGGCCUUCGCCACCAUCAUGACCACGCGACAGCUGCUGAGCAUCUUGCUCUCAUCUAUCCUCUACGGGCCUCCUCUCACCUUCGGCCAGUAUGGUGGCACGACUAUGGUGUUCUCGUCCCUGUACUACAAGUCCUACACAAACAGCAAGGAGAAGAAGGCGGAGGCCAAGAGCAAAGAGAGCAGCAGCAUGGACGGGGAUGGUGCAGGCAAGGAGAUGCAGCCUCUAAUUAUGUCAGGAGGGAAGGAUGGUCCGCAACAGAGAGACCAGCUGGGCAUGGAUGGUGAUGAGAAAGAGGGCAAGGUUUAAAGCAGCUUAUGCCACCACAGUAGGCUCCCUGCGCUGCCCCUUUCCUGGAAACUUGGUCGUGCUUCACUAUCUGUCAUUUUCAAUCUUAAUCGGUUUUUUUAUGUUGGAACGGUGUUCCUAUUUGAUUGGGGCUAUUGAGCAUGCGACGACAUGGGUUUGUACCUCCUAAGUUUUUAUUGGAAAGCUUUUAAGUAGAGGAU